UACCAAGGAUCAGACUUGAACUUCUCCGCAGUCCCCGCCGAAAAAGGAUCCUGACUGAAAGCUAGAGGCCAAAAGGAGCCAGAAGAAUCUCAUGUAACUCGGGGAACAACGAAGAGAGGGAAUUUGUGUCCUAAGAGCCACAUGUGGGGCCAGGUCUCUAACAAGAAGAGAACCCAAAAGUACAGGGUGUUUGCUGAUUUGGUGGUAGAAAGAAAGAAGAUUUCCUAAGUUCCUCAUUCUGCCAUUUUGGAAGUUGGCACACCUACAUGUUAAAUUUCAAAGUGAAACUUGAAAGUGGAAGCUUUGGUCAAGACUCUAAGAUAAAAGAACUAAGAAAUCAAAUACUAAAGUAGUUUGUGAUACAGCCUGUCCUUUUACAUUUUGAGUAAAGCAGGUGGACAAGAACAGUAUUUAACUCUCAAAUUACAUGCCACCUACUUCACCAGUCUUAAGGCUCAGAAUAGCAGAUUAAACUGGUAUUUUAGAAUGAGUAAACUUUUUAAAAUAUAUCAGUGCUGAAGUGGAAAUUCAACAAGAAUGUUUUAAAGAAGCUUGAGUGCCAGAGAAGACCUUUGAAGUGUGAAGAGAUUUCCUGUAAUUAAAACCAAAAUGUCAUUUAUAGAUCCUUAUCAGCACAUUAUAGUGGAGCACCAGUAUUCCCACAAAUUCACGGUAGUGGUGUUACGUGCCACCAAAGUGACAAAAGGUGCCUUCGGUGAUAUGCUUGACACCCCAGAUCCGUAUGUGGAACUUUUUAUCUCCUCAACUCCUGACAGCAGGAAGAGAACAAGACACUUCAAUAAUGACAUAAACCCUGUGUGGAAUGAGACGUUCGAAUUUAUUUUGGAUCCUAAUCAAGAAAAUGUUUUGGAGGUCACAUUAAUGGAUGCUAAUUAUGUCAUGGAUGAAACUCUAGGGACGGCAACAUUUCCCAUAUCAUCUAUGAGAGUGGGAGACAAGAAAGAGGUUCCUUUUAUUUUCAACCAGGUCACUGAAAUGUUUCUGGAAAUGUCUCUUGAAGUUUGUUCAUCCCCAGACCUCCGAUUCAGUAUGGCUCUGUGUGAUCAGGAGAAAGCUUUCAGACAACAGAGAAAAGAAAACAUAAAGGAAAACAUGAAGAAACUCUUGGGUCCAGAGAAUAGUGAAGGCUUAUGUUCUACACGUGAUGUGCCUGUGGUGGCCAUAUUGGGCUCAGGUGGAGGGUUCCGAGCCAUGGUCGGAUUCUCAGGUGUGAUCAAGGCGCUGUAUGAAUCAGGGAUUUUAGAUUGUGCUACAUACAUUGCUGGUCUUUCUGGCUCCACAUGGUACAUGUCAACCUUAUAUUCUCACCCUGAUUUCCCAGAGAAAGGGCCAGAGGAGAUUAAUGAAGAGCUAAUGAAAAAUGUUAGCCACAACCCCCUUUUGCUUCUCACACCACAGAAAGUUAAAAGAUAUGUUGAGUCUCUAUGGAAGAAGAAAAGCUCUGGACAACCUGUCACCUUUACCGAUAUCUUUGGGAUGUUAAUAGGAGAAACACUAAUUCACAAUAGAAUGAACACUACUUUGAGUAGUCUGAAGGAAAAAGUCAGUUCUGGUCAGUGUCCUCUACCUCUCUUCACCUGUCUCCAUGUCAAACCUGAUGUUUCAGAGCUAAUGUUUGCAGAUUGGGUUGAAUUCAGUCCGUAUGAGAUCGGCAUGGCUAAAUAUGGUACUUUUAUGGCUCCUGACUUAUUUGGAAGCAAAUUUUUUAUGGGAACAGUUGUGAAGAAAUAUGAAGAAAACCCCUUGCAUUUCUUAAUGGGUGUGUGGGGCAGUGCCUUUUCUAUAUUGUUCAACAGAGUCUUGGGAGUGUCUGGCUCACAAAAUAAAGGUUCUACAAUGGAAGAAGAAUUAGAAAAUAUUACCGCAGAGCAUAUUGUGAGUAAUGACAGCUCAGAUAGCGAUGAUGAAACACAAGAACCCAAAGGCACUGAAAAUGAAGAUGCUAACAGGGAAUAUCACAAUGAUAAUCAAGCAAGUUGGGUCCAUCGUAUGAUAAUGGCUUUGGUGAGUGAUUCAACUUUAUUCAAUACCAGAGAAGGACGUGCUGGGAAGGUGCACAACUUCAUGUUGGGCUUGAAUCUCAAUACAUCCUAUCCAAUGUCUCCUCUGAAAGACUUGAUGACACAGGAAUCGUUGGAUGAAGAUGAAUUGGAUAUGGCUGUAGCAGAUCCUGAUGAAUUUGAACAAAUAUAUGAGCCCCUGGAUGUCAAAAGUAAAAAGAUUCAUGUAGUGGACAGUGGCCUCACAUUUAACCUGCCAUACCCCUUGAUCCUGAGACCCCAGAGGGGAGUUGAUCUGAUUAUCUCCUUUGACUUUUCUGCACGACCAAGUGACUCUAGUCCUCCGUUCAAGGAACUCCUCCUUGCAGAAAAGUGGGCCAAAAUGAACAAGCUCCCCUUUCCGAAGAUUGAUCCUCAUGUGUUUGAUCGAGAAGGACUGAAGGAGUGCUAUGUCUUUAAACCCAAGAAUCCUGAUAUGGAGAAAGAUUGCCCAACUAUCAUCCACUUUGUUCUGGCCAACAUCAACUUCAGAAAGUACAAGGCUCCUGGUGUUCCAAGAGAAACUAAGGAAGAGAAAGAAAUAGCUGAUUUUGAUAUUUUUGAUGACCCUGAAUCACCAUUUUCAACCUUCAACUUUCAAUAUCCAAAUCAAGCGUUCAAAAGGCUGCAUGAUCUCAUGCACUUCAAUACCCUGAACAACAUUGAUGUGAUAAAGAAUGCCAUAGUUGAAAGCAUUGAAUACAGAAGACAAAAUCCAUCUCGCUGCUCUGUUUCUCUUAGUAAUGUUGAAGCAAGACGAUUCUUCAACAAAGAGUUUCUAAGCAAACCCGCAGCAUAGUUUGUGUAGUGGAAAGGGCAGCAAUUUCUGAUGCUGAAGCAGUUUGAAAUUCCAUUACAACUGGAUUUAAAAGCAUAGUACAGAUAUUAGUACUGAUCACAAGAGACUGGCUAAUACUCAAAGUUGCAGUUAUUUAGCUGCACAGAAAUAAUACCAUUAUAAAUUUGUUAGAUUGACAGAUGAUGUGAUUAUGUAAAAAUAUACUCAGCUACAUUUUCUGUCAGUAUGUAUUUCCUGAUGCAAAUGUAAGGACAUAGACUAUGCUUUUAGACAUUCCUCACCAACUAUCUUAUAUGUCCUCUUUUUUAAGAAAUUGUUUUCUUUUUAGAAUAUUUAACAGUUCAGUCUCAAUAAGUAAGACUUUGCAUUGUGUGUAAAUGUUAUUCACUGACUGGAUUUAUUCAUACCAUAAGACAACACUAUUUUUUAUUUAUAUACACAUGUAUGCAUAUAUGAAAUAAAUACAUCAAUAUGCAAUUAGCAUGAGAUAACUGAGUUUUUGUUUAUUUUUAAUGGAGUAUUGCCCUGUAGCUAUGAAGGAUUCUCAGAUUCAUAGCUUUCAAACAGAAAAUUUGUUAAUCCUAAAUGGUAAUAUGAAACUUAUCAUUUAAAAUCAUCAUUUUUCAUAAAGGAGAAAGUAUGUAUAAUUUGCUGAACAAAUGGUAUAUAUUUACUCAGCAAGUAGAAAGAAAAUGUAACCUCUUCUAGUUUAAUAUUUUACUUUGAGAUUAUCUUAGACUGUUUGUCCACCAGAGAACAAGUGACCUCAGCAAAAAAAUCCAGAAGAUGGCAAGGGCUGUAUCUGCAAGACGUGUUUUAGGGACAGUCUGUAUUGUAUAACUCUGGUUUCAGGUACCAUCGAACUGCUAAGGUUCAGGGUUGGUGUAAAAGUAAGGAGAAAAUAACAUAGUAAGGAAACUUAUUCAUCCUAUUUAUUGUUGGUCACCUCCACUGGAAUGUAAGGUCCUUGAGGGCAGAUCUUUUCUCACUUUUCUGCCACUACAUCCCCAGAUCAUACAGCAUGCCUGAUGAUCUGUAGUGGACACUAAUUUGUUCUAUGCAUAAAUCAACCAAAGAAAGAAUGAACUUUCAAUUGUCCCCUUCUUUAUUAUUGUUUUUGCUUUUCCUCACAGAUAUAAAUGUGAAUAAAAAGAGAGAGAAAAAAAGACAACAGAAUGGAGAGGUUAAAGAAAAGUAAUUCAAAGAAGGAAGAAUGAAUAUCCAAUUAACUUAGCACCAUUUAUUGAAGAGACUGUCUUUUCUCCAUUGAGUGUUCUCAGCCUUGUCAAAUAUUAGUUGAUAGUAUAUGCUUAGGCUCUUAAUUCUGUCCCAUUGGUCUAUUUGUCAGUUUUUAUGCUAGUAUCCUACUGUAUUGAUGACUAUAGCUCAAUGGGAUAGCUUGAAAUCAGGAAGUGUGAUGCCUCCUGCCUUGAUCUCUGGAUUUCUUUGGCUAUUGGGGUCUUUUGUGGCUCCAUAUAAAUUUUAGGAGUGUGUUUUCUACUUCUGUAAAAAUGCCACUGAAUUCUUAAUAUGGAUUGCAUUGAAUCUAUAGAUGUAGAUUUUGGUAGUAUCAACAUUUUAACAAUAUGAACACGAGAUACCUUUCUACUUAUUUAUAUC